AUGGAGGCAGACGCCACUAAGGUAGAGGUCCAAGAGGCACUUAGAACGGAUACUGAACAGUGGACCAGUGAAUGCAAAUUAAGCGAGAUAAGAUCGUUCAGGAAUGAUACGACGGCCAUAACGAUGACCUUGCCUAGAGAUUUGGCUAAGCCAAUGUAUAAGAAGGAAGAAUUGAGGGUAGGCCUCGUCAAAUGUAGCGUCGAAAGGAGAGUGGUAGUCCAUAAAUGCACAAGAUGCUGGAGCCAUAAUCAUAAAAAGAACAGUUGUAAAGGGCCCGACAUAACAGGAAACUGCUACAAGUGUGGGAAGGCGGACCACAAGGCCCAAAAUUGUAGAGAGGAGGAAUACUGCCCGUUGUGCGAAGCGACGGCACAUUCAGCAGGAAAUGCGAGUUGCCCCCGUUUCAGAGAAUAG